GACAUGUAUUUCUAUUGUUAGAGCGGCGAAUCGACUCUCUUGUCAAUAUAAUAGACAAUCUUUGUGUCAGAGCUGAUCAUAACAACCUUCCAGCUAGCAGCUUUGAGUUUGUCUUCCAUUUGAGAGUGAACAUUUAUUAGUGCCGUGUUAACGACUGAAGUAAUAACCAGACAUAAACACAGAUCGUCAUUAUGCCUUCUGCUUGUGACUCCCCGAUCGAUGACAUUGAGGACAUGGUGUCAGCUGACGACCCGACUCCACAUGAGAGGCAGUAUGCCAGGAAGAGCAUCGUCCCCAGAGCCAGGAAGAGAAACACCCAGCAGACGACAGAGGUGCUGCAAGCCGACAGCGUGAUCCCGGGCAUGCAGAAGAUCUGGAUGAGGACGUGGGGCUGCUCCCACAACAACUCAGAUGGAGAAUACAUGGCUGGACAGCUGGCAGCGAGCGGAUACAAGAUGACAGAGGACCCCGCGGAGGCUGAUCUGUGGCUGCUCAACAGCUGCACGGUGAAAAACCCGGCCGAAGAUCACUUCAGAAACGCCAUCAAGAAGGCCCAGGAGCAGGAUAAGAAGGUGGUGGUCGCUGGAUGUGUUCCCCAGGCCCAGCCCAGGAUGGACUACCUUAAAGGACUCAGCAUCAUCGGGGUUCAGCAGAUUGACCGUGUGGUGGAGGUGGUGGACGAGGCUGUUAAAGGUCACUCGGUGCGUCUGCUGGGUCAGAAGAAGGACAACGGGAAGCGUCUCGGCGGAGCCAGACUGGAUCUGCCCAAGAUUAGAAAGAACCCUCUGAUAGAGAUCAUUUCAAUCAAUACAGGUUGUCUGAAUGCCUGUACCUACUGUAAAACCAAGCAUGCCAGAGGAGACCUGGCCAGCUACCCUGUGGAGGAACUCGUGGAGAGAGCCAGACAGUCCUUCCAAGAGGGUGUGUGUGAGAUCUGGCUGACCAGUGAGGACACCGGGGCUUAUGGGAAGGAUAUUGGGACAGACCUGCCCACUCUGCUAUGGAGACUAGUGGAAGAAAUUCCAGAAGGAGCCAUGCUGAGACUGGGCAUGACCAACCCUCCGUACAUCCUGGAGCACCUAGAGGAGAUGUCUACGAUCCUGAACCAUCCUCGUGUGUAUGCCUUUCUCCAUGUCCCGGUGCAGUCUGCCUCCGACAGCGUCCUGAUGGACAUGAAGAGGGAGUACUGUGCUGAUGACUUCAGGCGCGUCGCUGACUUCCUCAAAGACAAGGUUCCUGGUAUCACCAUCGCAACGGACAUCAUCUGUGGUUUCCCAGGGGAGACGGAUGCUGACUUCCAGGAGACAUGUGACCUGGUGAAGGAGUAUCGCUUCCCCAGCCUCUUCAUCAACCAGUUCUACCCCCGGCCUGGCACCCCCGCCGCCAAGAUGGACCAGGUCCCCGCCCAAGUGAAAAAACAACGGACCAAAGAGCUGUCGACCCUGUUCCACUCCUAUAACCCCUACCACCACAAGCAGCUACUCUUCCUGGGGUUUAUUAUGGAUCCCCAUUAG